CGCACCCACCCUCGGUGAGUCGUUGCACAUUACACUAAAAGCACAUUCCUGCACAAACAGCCCGAUGCCUCCAAAGCCGACAGCUAGAGGUCGUGGCCGCGGCCGGGGAGGAACAGCCCGCGGCGCGGCGGCCGCUGCACCUUCCCGGAAUGACGCGACCGCACAGCCAGAAGCCCCCAGCACCCCGACCGAGACAACGACGACAACAGCAGCAGCGGACGCCCCUCCAGCGACGACUGUGACACCCUCCGACCCAAGACCCGACACGACCGCUACCGCCGCGGCACCAUCUCAACAGACAGUAGCCACAUCCUCCCGGAGCACCCCGGCAGCAGAGGCGGCGGGUCGUGGCUCUUCUACCAGCAGCAGCAAGUUCAAGCCAAAGGCUGUUCGCCGUAGCGAAGCCGAGCGCGCCCGCCUGGCCGAGGAACAAGCGAGGAUAGAGGCCGGAAGGGAUGCUGAGGAAGCCAGGCGGUUGGCACAUCUCAACCGGCUGCGCGGGCGGGGCCGUGGGCGCGGUCGUGGUGGGUUUUUAAGAGGGAAUCUAAGGACUGCAGGGGCCGCUGCGGGGCCGUUGUCUGCUGGGUUUAGCAUCGGGGAAGGAAGGCCGUCGGGUGCAGGUGGCUACGCUUAUGCCUCGGGGUCUGCGUUCGGGUCUGGGUCCGCAUCCGGGCCCAGCUAUGUCAAGGGAGAAGGGCAGGGCGGUGAGGUCAAGGGGGAAUAUGGUGCCAUGGGCAUCAUUGACCGCAACAGGAUCAAUGCCGACAUGCUCUACGGCUACGUAGAACCCGAUGAGGAGGAGGAGCCGCGCGCCACAAUCGUCUCUACGAAGAGGAAGAAGCCCAUGCUCCCUAUGGGUAUCCGCCGCGUGGAGCACAAGGACGAGGAAGUGGUAAUCGCGACAGCAGCCGAGAUCAAGGCCCAGGAAGAAGCAGGUGUUCUUGAAGUCGACGACUCGGACGAAGAUGGUCUGUUCGUUGGCCAAUCGGCGGGUGAAGGCUCGGCAGAGCCCGCUAGGGACGAGGACGUCUGGGGCCAUGCAGUACCGCAAACAAGCGCCAGUGCCCGAGUCAAGACGGAGGAGGCCGAAGGGCAAGAGAUGGACCUGGACGAUAUACCCGCAAAAGUCAAGGCUCCUGAAUCUCCCGAGCAGAAGAAGAAAGAGCUUGCCCAACAGGCCGGCGAACAGAAACCGAAGAAGAAGUCCGCGGCCCCCAAGGACCCAGAAGCCGAGAUUGUCGCCGAGGAACUGCAGCGCAUGCUCAACAUGUUCACUCUCCAGGGCAGCGACGGGAUGGGCUCCCCACUGGAGGGACACAUGUUCCUCUUCCAGUUCCCGCGCAUCCUUCCGCCACUGAAGGUAGUGCGGCGAGAUAGCAAUGAGGCCAGGAAGACCGUAAAACCGGAGGGUGGCGACGACGACGUGGUCAUGCUGGACCAGCCUCCCAACGGAACUCGCGCAGCCGUCAACAUCGACCUCACUCAGGAUGAUAGCAGAAGGACCAAGAAGGAAGACAAAACCACUUUGGAGGACAAUGACGGGUUGGAGGUUGGGGGCUACAUUGGGAAUCUGAUAGUGCGCAAGUCCGGGAAGGUCGAGCUGAGCUGGGGCGGGCUGCCGCUGGAGGCGGGGCUUGGCGUGCAGGCUAACUUCCUGUCGACGGCUGUCUUGAUUGAUGACGCGGCGGAAAAGGCUAGCGAUGCGAGCCAAUACGCCGGGGCUGCCUACGGAAUGGGCAAGAUCCAGGGAUCUUUUGCCCUGGCGCCGAUAUGGAGCGAGGAGGAAGAUUGGGUAGUGGAACCUGAGGACCUGAAGAUUCCCGAGGAUCAGUAAUGUUUUCAGUGAGAUAUAGACGUGAAGGGCCUUUCUUAAUGUGCCCCUUCAGACAUUUAAAUUGUGGCAGGUGUCGUCAUAACUUCCCCCAUGUAUACUGUACGCAUCUUGCAUCAUUGGGUAUCGGUUAGAGGCCGGGGGUCAACGAAAAAGAUGGGAAAAUCAAGAGAGGGAUGAUGG